UCAUUACUUUCAGUAUUGGGAAGCUGUAAGAGUUUUGGAGAACGUCUUUCUCUCAACUCUAAAGUCUCAAGUCUGAAUUCUGAAGUCUUCGGUUUUCUUUUCUGUGUUGAGUGAAAAAAAAAAUGAAGUGGUGUUUGGUGAAGUGUUUAUGGAUUCCAUUAGUUUUACUAUUACUCCGAUUUCAGCACUGCUGUUGUUUGGGGUGCUUGGAAGAGGAGAGGAUUGCUCUCUUAGAAUUCAAGGCUUCUUGCGAUUGGAGUGCUUUUAGGUCUCAUGAUUAUGAUCAGUUAAUACGCAUAGGUGAUCGCUUCCCACCAUGGGUUGAUGCUGAGAGAGGGAGUAAUAGUAGUGACUGCUGUUCUUGGGAGAGAGUACAGUGUAAUGUUACUACUGGACGAGUCAUCCAACUCUCCCUUGGUGAUAUUCGUGGAGUAUAUGGAAAACCUGAUUUUGAUUCAUAUGCGAGUAGUAGUUGCUAUAUAAAUGCGACCAUAUUUUCUACCUUCAAAGAACUGCAACACCUCGACUUAUCUUAUAAUUUAUUUGAUGGUUGGGUCAAGAAUGAAGGUUUUGAAAGAUUGGGUGGGUUGACACAGCUAGAGCUCCUCGACCUAACAUGGAAUAACUUCAACAACACCAGUAUCUUCUCAUCCCUGGGUGAACUCAAGUCCCUUACAACUUUGUCACUUUCAAAUAAUUGGAUAGAAGGAUCAAUUAAUUUGGAAGCAUUUAUAUCUACUCUUCCGAACAUCAAAUCAUUGGAUCUGAGUUAUACCUUAUGUGAGGGGAUGGCCUCUUCUUCGCAUACAAAACAAGGCUCUACAGUAAGUUUUGUUGGAUUGGGAAAGCUCGAGGCUCUAUAUCUAGAUUGGAAUUAUUUUAACAACAGUAUUCUUCCAUUUUUGGGUGCACUCACAUCCCUCAAGACUCUGUCCCUCGGUUACAACAGUUUUGAAGGAUUGCUUCAUAUGGAAGAAUUAACUAAUCUGCAUAACUUGCAAUCGUUGGAUUUGAGUGGAAAUGGUUUCAAUUGCUCCUUCCAACCAAUAUUACAAGAGUUAGCUAAUAAUCUGCCAAACUUGGAGUCGUUGGAUUUGAGUAGGAAUAACUUCAAUUGCUCCUCAUCCCAGCCAAUAUUCCAAGCUUUGUGUGGAAUGAAGAGGCUUCAAGAGUUGCAUCUUAGUCGGAAUAAUUUUGAAGGGAUCCUUCCUCCAUGUCUCCAAAAUCUGACUUCCCUUAGGACAUUAGAUUUGUCCUAUAACCAAUUCACGGGAAACAUCCAAUCAUCUAUCAUAGCUAGCCUCUCAUCCCUUUCACAAAUUUUUCUGGGCUACAAUGACUUUGAGGGCACAUUCACAUUCAAAUCCUUUGCUAACACUUCAAAACUUGAGGUAAUUGACUUUAGAAGUGCCGGAAGCAAAUUAGAGGUAGAAACUGAACAUCCCCCUUGGGUUCCUCUUUUCCAAUUGAAGACAUUGCGGUUGUCAAAUUGCAGUCUUAACAAGCAAAGUAAUAAUGAUUUCCCCAGUUUUCUCUCUACUCAGUACAACUUAAGAGAAAUUGAUCAUUCACAUUGCAACUUAAGCGCUCAGCUCCCACCUUGGUUACUCGAGAACAAUAAAUUGUUAGAAUCUCUAAACCUGAGAGAUAACUCAUUGAGGGGUCAUUUUCUCUUACCAUCUUAUGUCCACAUUGCUGCAAGGAGUAUAGAUAUUUCGAAUAAUUGCAUUGAUGGAUUGCUUCAAGAGAACAUUGGUUACAUUUUUCCAAAUGCAGAGUAUUUGAAUUUAUCUGUGAAUACUUUUGAGGGUGGCAUUCCUUCAUCAAUUGGUAAUAUGAGCUAUUUGUCUGGUUUAGACUUGUCUAACAAUAAUUUUAUUGGUGAAAUUCCAAAGCACAUGGGCAUUGGUUGCAGCAAGUUAGUUGUCUUAGGACUUUCAAAUAAUGAACUGCAAGGUCAAGUUUUUCCUGCAGAUUUUAAUUUGACUCAGUUAGAGAGUUUAUAUUUGGAUAACAACUCAUUUUCAGGAGAUAUCUUAAGAGGAUUAUCCAAGUGCCUCAACCUAUGGAUAUUGGAUAUUAGUAACAAUCAGCUAACAGGUAGAAUUCCUAGUUGGAUGGGCAACCUUACAUCUUUGACGGUGCUUAAAAUGCGGGGCAAUCUUUUACAAGGAAAUAUUCCAAUUGAAUUUCAAGUAUUUAGGUUGUUGGAAUUUCUUGACCUUUCAGAAAACCAUCUUUCAGGAUCCAUAGUAUCAAUAUUGAAUUCAACAAAUUUACAAUACCUCCAUUUGCAAGGAAAUGGAUUCAUAGGUUCACCAUCAAUUGCUCUUAUCAACAACUCAAAUUUGUUGACAUUGGACAUACGAAAUAACAACUUAUGUGGUGGUAUUCCUGAUUGGAUAGCUUCCCUUUCUGGUUUGAGGAUUCUGUUGUUGCAAGGAAAUCAUUUAAAUGGCCCAAUUCCAAAUAAUUUUUGCCAAUUGGAAUGGAUACGCUUAAUGGAUCUUUCUCAUAAUAGCUUAUCUGGAUCAAUACCCCAAUGUUUCAAUAACAUUUCAUUUGGGAGGGGGAUAGAGAAGGAAUCUAUAUCUAACAUCAAAUAUGAAGGAUUUUGGGGGCUUGGGCCAAAUUCAAAGACGGAAGCUUGGGUUGGUGUAGCAGAAGAAAUAGAAUUCAUGACAAAAAAUAUGUAUUUUUCAUACGAAGGUGGAAUCCUUAAUUUCAUGUCUGGGAUGGAUUUAUCAUUCAACAAUCUCACGGGUGAUAUCCCACAUGAAAUAGGAACUUUAAGUGGAAUUCAUGCAUUAAACUUAUCACACAACAAGCUAACGGGAUCCAUUCCAAAAACCUUCUCCAAUCUAGAGCAGAUAGAAAGCCUUGACCUAUCCUAUAAUAAGUUGACUGGAGAAAUCCCUUCAGAAUUGACUGUACUAAACUUUUUGGCAGUCUUCACUGUGGCACACAACAACUUAUCUGGUAAGACACCAGAUAUGAAGGGACAAUUUGCAACGUUCAGUAGCACCAGUUAUGAGGGAAAUCCAUUCCUUUGUGGUAUGCCUUUACCAAAUACUUCUUCCUGCUCUUUCAAUGGAGAAUCAACCAACACAUCUACAACAACUUCAAAUGAUGUGGGGAACAAGUAUGACAUUGAUAUGACUGCUUUUGCUAGUAGUUUUGCUGCUUCAUAUGUCGUGUGCUUGUUGGGACUUGCCACUAUUCUCUACAUCAAUCCUUAUUGGCGAAGAAUGUGGUUUCAUUUCAUCGGAGGAUGCAUAUACUCAUGUCAUGAUUUCCUCUCUGAUACUUACUAUAAGCUAUGCAUCCAUGUACGUAGAUUUCGUAUGCUUAUUUGGAAAACUUUAAUUGAGUGAUGGCUUACUUAUUUGUUC